UAUCAUUUAACUGUUUUAAGGUUAGAACUAAAAGAGAUUACGGAUGAAAUUGAGAUUUUGUGGAUUGCACAGUUAUUAGGCCACUGAAGGCGAAGUAUGUUUAUGUUCAGCCUCGGUAUAUGUGUCCAAAAGGAAACGCAGCUGAGCAUUCUUGAAGAAGGCAAUAUCUCGUCUCGAUCAGGUUACAACAUUUUGUCAAUAUAAUUGCAGUACCGACUCAGCUUUACAGGUCUGAAACGCUUUAGCCGACAGCCUCGUCACCGGAAGGAUGGGGAUUCUUUCUAAACUUAAGCACACCGACAACUGUACUCUUCCAUCUCUAACCAAGUGCAAAGAUGGUCAUGAAUGGUUCUCCAGUUUUGAAUUCUACCCUGUUGCUGUUGGUAGUCGAAAAACAGUGUUCGAAGGCAUGAUGUACGUUCCAAAUAAUUACUGGAGUCAAACUCCAGCAAUAAUAAAAUGUACGAACUAUGGACAAGGAACGGAAGACGAUGUCAAGGCUGAAGUGAGUGGUGCAAUCAAAGCACAGGAAUUCGGUGAAGGGUUUUCGAAAAAGUUUCCCCAAUUUUCAAUCAAAUUUCAGCACCCUCUAGCGGCCGUGAUGGACACUGUUUCAGUGUUCAAUGGUAUCUUUCGUUUCCUGAAAGGUUACGACAAAGUUCUCAGCGAAGGAGAGUGCGUGUUGUUGGAAGAGAAACUGGAAGGUGAUUUUGUUUCUUUCAUAUAUAAAAACGGUGUUAUCACAUCAAACUGUGAGGCUAUCCUUCAGGCGUUCUGUCAUUACACCUACUCCGCCAGUAAAGAGGAGCUUGUGGUGUCCGGACUACAGGGUGUUAAGAACGGAAACUCGUACACCUUAUCCACUCCAUGUGUUCACUCCCGUUCUCGACAAUACGGCAACACAGACGCUGGAGAGGGCGGUAUUUCCACUUUCUUCUCACAUCAUCAAUGUAAUGCCUACUGCAGCGAGUUACCGAAGUUUUCACCUACAGACUUAUCCGCGUCGUCAAGUAUGUCAUACGAGAAGCCGUAUUCAUUCGAAGACACGUUUCCCUUACAAUAUCCAAGCGAAAGGUCAGGGUGUGAUAGUCCAGAGUUUUCUUACAAUGAGCGCAGUAUGUUAGUAACGGCGGAAAUACAUCCCCCUGCUUAUGAAGGAAUUGACUCCCAGCCACCACCUCCAUACGACUUUCAAAGUAAGGCUUGUCACGGAAAAUCAAACAAUGCUGGGUCGAUGAACCCUUUCUCUUCGGCAGAUGUUCGAACAUAUUGAUUUUACAAUCAAACAUUCUUCAUUUGAAAGUGUUCAAAUGACUACGAAAAGCUACAAAUUUGCCUCAUCAAAUAACUUGCCCUAAGAAUGGUUUCCUGUGGUGAUAGUGAGAUAAUGUGAUACUAAUCCUUGAAAUCUGUCUUCUCUGAUGUUAGUUUGAUGUUUUUGUCUCCAUUAAUAGUGAUUGAACUGUUGCUUUACUGGUAUUCAAAUGAAGCAAAAGCAUAAGUUUUGUAGAUAUGAUGUAUUAACAUGUUGUUACAAGUAUGUAAUGCACUGAAAUAUGGUGAAUGAUAUUGUUCCGGCAACAGUAUUAAGAAUGAGUGAAUCCCGGGAUUUAAUUCUAUGUAACUCUUGAAAAGGUUAGGUUUCUUAUACAGUUUUUAACACCGUUUUUUGAAAUUAAACUAUAAAUGAUACCUGUUUUAAGGGUAAAUUGGCAAGUAGAUGUCUCUUUAAGGCAUAUGUUCAUAUGUAAUUUUGAAAUUAUCAUAUAUGUAAACUCUAUCGAAUGACCAUUGUGUGAAGCCUACCUAAAUGAUAACUUUAUUCGAACUAGUAUUUUCUAAUCUCGAAGUGAUAUCACGACGAGUCAUGCAUUUCAUCUCAUAGAAAUGUACAUAUUAAACAUUUACACAAAGUAGUGAAAUUAAAAAUUUUGUUUCCAUAUCUCAUUCAAGUCAUUCAAUUUCCAUCAAGGGCUUUAUUUAUAAAUCGACUAGAAGGACCAAUCUGAAUUAUAUUCCUUUUCAUCAUCAUUAAGUAUUUUGUCUACAUCUCACAUGUCAUAACAUACUAUAGUAUGACAGGUAGGAAUGCCUAAUAUAGGAAUAUCUUAUUAUGUACGAAAUGGUGACGUUAGGUCAUUUGUAUGGCUCACCUGGCUGUGAUUAUGUACCUUAAAUCAAAGUUAAAGCAAAACAAUAUUUAUCUCACAAUCGGAAGGAAGUUUUGUAGGUAGGAUUUCUUUUUACUUUUACUACACUUUUGUUUAUUGAAUUGAUCUAGUUAUUAAUGUGAUAUAAGUUAUACAUCUAUAUCAUUAUAAAAUGUAGAUAUUUAUCUUUUAUUUUAAUCUAGAGCAUAAUUUUCUAUUUUAUGUGAUAUAUAUGGUCCAUUAUAUAAAACAUUUAUUUACAUUUAUUAUUUGAAUUUAUACACCUUUUCC